AUGAUCUCUACCCACCUAGCUCCAUAUCAACAUCAUUCACCAUAUCGAGGUAGUGUGAAAGAUCCGUUACCCAUGGCCGCGUUGAUGCAAUCGAACAACGAGCCCGUCCCAAUAUCCCACCCUUUACCUGCGCCGUCGAACCCUAUAACUGCAAGUUCCUCGGAGCCUUCUGCCUUCCUGAAACAGUCCAAACCGGACUCGAACCUUACCUCUAUUGCUAGCGCCGGAUUAAACGUUACGCGAUCAAAAGAUUCCAUACCCUCCAUGUCAACAACAACACCAAACUCCGGCUCCGCGGAGCGGACCCUCGAGCCCCACAGAGAGCCAGACCAGAAUAGCUCGCAAGUUGCGCGAGAAGCCCUCGGUGCUAGUGAGAAACAACAACAACAAUCUGGCUCCGUUAACGAGUCAUUAGCUAUGCACUCCGAUCAUAUGCAAGUGGAUGCACAUCCUGUUCCAGGCGAGGCCGGCGAGUCCGUCUUCAACGCCGCUGAAAACGGGACAUCUUUAAUGAACACCUCGACUGUAGCGAGUCCUGGGCCUAUUGACGACUCCAUUUCACAGGAUGGUGAUCAAUCGCGUCAUCAGGAUGACAGUGACUUGCACCAAGACAGCAGUAAUAAGGCGUUCUCGUACCCUAUGCCUACCGGAGGGUUCAACGACCCACGGCGUGGUCUCAGCUUACCGAGCUCUGGUUUGAAUAAGGCUGGCCAACGGUCCCCGUCGGCUAAGAAGCAUCGUUGCCCGUAUUGCGCAACGGAAUUUACAAGACACCAUAACCUUAAGAGUCAUCUGCUCACGCAUAGCCAAGAGAAACCGUUCGUAUGCACAACCUGCCAGUCGCGCUUCCGGCGACUACAUGAUCUCAAACGGCACCAAAAGCUCCAUACCGGCGAGAGACCCCAUAUCUGCCCGAAAUGUGGACGCAGGUUUGCCCGCGGUGACGCUCUUGCUCGUCAUAACAAAGGCCAGGGUGGCUGUGCGGGGCGCAGAGCAAGCAUGGGAAGCUACGCCGGUGAGGACGAGUAUGGAGAUGCAGCUGCAGGCGCGGAAGAUACAAUGGAAGGCCUUGUCUACGCUGAGCCGGAACGCAUGGACGAGGAAGAUGAGCGCCGUUACAACAUGCCUAGCAUCAAGAAGCAUGAUAUGCCGACAGAUUCUGUUGCGCGUUCCAACAGUGUAAGCAGCUAUCAAGCGCGUCAGCCCAGCACGUACCCUCCGAUCGCUGCGAGCAGACCUUCACCUGGCGGACUUUACCCUCCACCAACAAGCCAUGGUGCUUCUAGUGGCUCCCCUUCUCCGAUAUCUCAGCCCGGCAACCUGACAUUUCCUCCGGCAAAUCAACCUUCUGGAGCCUCGGCAUUUGCGCCUCCAAACAUGACAGAAAGCCCAAAACCACUCUCGCCAAAUGCUCUGCCUCCUCAUCAAUUGGGACACGGUCCAGAAAACAGUAUACAACUCCAUCGUCCUCACUCGCCGGGAAUCACACACUCAUUCUCCCAACCGCAAUACAACCGACCAGGUCACUCCCAGACACCUCUCUCAUCCACUGGACACUCUGCGUCAAGCUUGGGUCUUCCACCACCUCAGCCUGGCGCUCCUCAGCUCCCCCCACCACCCGGUUUGGGCUCAUCGGAACCUCGCUUUUCCCUUCACGCGCAGAACUCCGUACCAGCACCAGGGGCUGCCACUAAACACACGCCAUCGCAUAGCCAUUCAAGCAACCAUGGUGGUCCAUUGUCAUCUAAGACGAUACCUGAAACACCCUCGACCAACAACGUUCAUCCCUCUCAUGAUCCGAGUCUUUUCGAUCAACAACGUGAUCGAGAGGAAAAGCUCUGGGAUUAUAUUCGCUCCGUCCACGAUGAAUUAAGCGGGCUUAGGUCGGAGGUAGCCACCCUCAGGGCACAGAUGGCGUCUUCGAGUGUGAGUGCUUUGACUACACCUAAUCCCGGUAUUACACAACCUUCAGCCGACACAGGAACCGCGAAUCCGGCGCAGCGGUGA